AUGGCCCGCGCUUCGAGUCCGAGCCCUAGCAGCCAUUCGGUGCGUGGGGGUGCCAUGACAGGGCCACGUGUUCACGCGCAGCCCCAGCCGCGACAGGUGUCGUUCGCGCCGUCCACCCAGCAACACCCAAUGCUGGUGCCCGAGAUGGCGGUGGUGGCCAACCCUCUGGAGAACGAGAACGUUCUAGUCACCGUCCGGUUCCGCCCGCUCAGCUUGAGAGAAAUUCAACGUGGAGAGGACGUCGGGUGGUACGCCGACGGCGACAAGAUCGUGCGCAUGGAGUCGAACCCCGCCAUCGCCUAUGCUUACGACAAGGUGUUUGGGCCCGCUACAACGACGCGGGGGGUGUAUGACGUCGCAGCGCAGCCCGUCGUAUCUUCAGCGAUGGAAGGAAUCAACGGAACGGUCUUCGCGUACGGCGUCACGAGCAGCGGGAAAACGCACAGCAUGCACGGCGACCAGAAGUCCCCCGGUGUCAUUCCGCUGGCCGUGAAAGAAGUGUUCAGCAUCAUCCAGGAUACGCCUGGUCGCGAGUUUCUGCUGCGGGUGUCGUACCUCGAGAUCUACAACGAGGUGAUCAACGACCUGCUCAACCCCGCCGGGCAGAACCUGCGCAUCCGCGAAGAUGGUCAGCACGGCACGUUUGUGGAGAACGUGAAGGAGGAGGUGGUGCUGUCAGCCGCGCACGCCCUCUCCCUCAUCGCCGCUGGCGAAGAGCACCGGCAUGUGGGCGCCACGCACUUCAACACGGCCAGCAGUCGCAGCCACACCAUCUUCACUCUCACUGUGGAGAGCAGCGGGCGGGACUUGGAGGGGUACGAGGAGGUCACCUACUCGCAGCUGAACCUGAUCGACCUGGCGGGGUCGGAGAACAGCCGAGCCACGACGGGCAACAACGUGCGGCGCAGGGAGGGCACGUUCAUCAAUAAGAGCCUGCUCACACUCGGCACGGUGAUAUCGAAGCUGAGUGAGCGCAAGCAGUCACACGUGCCGUACAGGGACUCCAAGCUCACGCGCCUGCUGCAGACGUCACUGAGCGGCAAUGCGCGCAUCUCGCUCAUCUGCACCGUCACCCCCGCCUCGGGCACGCUGGAGGAGACGCACAACACGCUCAAGUUCGCCUCGCGCGCCAAGCACGUCGAGAUCCGCGCCAACGCCAACAAGAUACUGGACGAGAAGUCGCUGAUAAAGAAGUAUCAGAGGGAGAUCAUGGCGCUCAAGGACGAGCUCACGCGCCUUAGGCACGACAUGUCCCACGGUCCCCCCGCACUGCCCUGGGGGGCUGCUCCCGGCAUCGGCAACAUUGGCGGCGGCGGGGGAGGCGACAUGGGCGGGCAGGACCUUGCAGUGCUGCGAGAGAAGCUGGAGGCGGAUCAGAUGCUGCUGCAGUCGCGGUUGGAGGAGGAGGAGGAGGCGAAGGCGGCGCUGAUGACGCGCAUACAGCGCCUCACCAAGCUCAUCCUCGUGUCCUCCAAGGCCUCCUCCGCCUCCAAGCCCGCCCCCCCCCCGCACGCCCCUCCCACCGGCCGCCUGCGCCGCCGCCUCUCCUUCGGCGAGGAGGACCUGGCGUACCUGAAGCAGCGGCGCAUGGACCUGGGCUUCGACCUGCUGGACGACGCCAUGGGCGCGGGGGGAGGCGCGGGGGACGACCUGCAGCUGCAGCGCCUGGGGGGCACGGUGGGCGCAGCAGGGUCGCGCUCUGUGAGCAUGUACAGCGGCGGCAGCGGCAGUGGCGCUGCCUCGCCCAGAGGGGCGGGCGCAGGUGGAGAUGGGGGAGGGGGCGGGGACGACGAUGGGGGCCCCAUGAUCCUCAAAUGGCUGCGCUCCAAGAAGGACGGGGCGGGCAGCAAGGACGGAGACAGCGAGGGGGGCCUGCACGCGUCGCUGUCAGGCAGUGAGAACGUGGACCCUAUCCUCACUGCCCGCGGCACGGAUGGCGCCAUGGACGCGGGCAGAGCAGGCAGUGACAGCGGGCAGUGGCUCACGCGGGUCAGCAGCGGCACAGACAGCUCAGAGGAGCACGCAGGGGGGGCGGGGGCGGGGGCGCCCAGGAUGAUGCGCGCUGUGCGGCGCACCGCGUCCCUGCUCAGUGUCGACGAGGCGGGGGCGGGGGGAGGGAUGGGCAUGGGGAUGGGGAUGGGGGGAGGGGGGCGGUGUGUGGAGACGGUGAGGGCAUCUACACAGGCGGGGGAGCUGUUUCACAUCACAGGCGUGCGAAUCCCAUCGCAGAGCGGCACCACGCUCAUGGACCAGUGCGAGCUGCUGAGGGAACAGGUGAAGAUUCUGUCGGCGGAGGUGGGAUUCCACACGUCCAACCUGAGGCGCCUCAUCGACAAGGGCGAGAACACACCGCAGGAGCAGCAAGAAAUCGAGGUCAACCUUGACGUGAGGAUUCCGUAUCCCAGCCUCUCCCUCCUCAAUACCCAUCCCUUGUCCAUGGCUCCUCUUUGCCUGCCCCUCCCUGUGCGUGCGUGGGCGGUGCAGAGGCUGCGAGUGGAGCUGGCGGGCAAGCAGCAGCAGCUGCGCGAGAUGGAGGAGUUCAUGCGGCGCAGGCAGGGCGACCAGCCCUCCCCUGCUGCCAGCGCCGUCGCGGGCACUGAUGGCCUGGGCGUGGGCGCAGAGGCAGACACGGCCACACAGGAGCAGAUGGCCAAGACAAUAGCGAAGCUCAAGGCAGUGCUGAGCGAGAAGACGUUUGACAUGGAGGUGAGGGAGAAGACGUUUGACAUGGAGAUCGUGAGUGCAGACAACCGCAUUCUGCAGGACUCGCUCAAGGCCAAGACUCGGCAGGUGCAGCAGCUGAUGGAGGAGGCGAACAUGCUGCGCGUGGAGCUCACCCGCGCCAUCAGCUCUCGCCACAACGCUGCCAGGGGGCAGGGGGAGGGGAACGGCGGGGCGGAGGGGCAGGCGGACGCAGCAGCGCAAGGGGAGGGCGAGGGGGGAGGGGGUGGCGGCGAGGGCAUGGUGGUGGUGAGGGCGGGAGAGCUGGAGGAGCUGAGGUCGCAGGUGAGGCUGGCGAGGCAGGAGGCGGACAUGCUGCGGCAGCAGCAGCACCAGCUCACCAAGGACCUUGCAGGGGCGCGCUCCCUCGCUCUCACCGCCUCCUGCUCUGCCCCUGCUGCCAGUGCUGCUGGUGGAGGUGGUGGUGGUGCCGAUGGGUCAGGUGCUGCGGCUGGGACGUCAUCUCUUGCGUCGUUUUUGGACGGGGCGUAUAUGAACGGGCCGGAUGGGCGGGCGGAUGUGAGCGGGCUGCUGCAGCAGGUGGAGGCGGCGAGGGCGAGGGAGGCGCAGUGGCAGGAGCAGCGGCAGCAGCACCAGCUCGUGGAGGCUGAGUUGGCAGCUGCUCGUGCUGAGCUGGCAGCGUAUCGAACUGCUGCUGCUGCAGAGGCAGGCGGAGUGGAGCGCGGGGAGGGCGGGGAGGGCGGAGAGGGCGGAGAGGGCGGGGAGGGUGCAGUGGAGGGCAUGAGGAAGCAGGGGGCGGUGGGAGCGGUGGCAGCGGUGGCAGCACGGCUGGAAGCAGAAAAGGAUGCGAUGCUAGCAGUGCGGGAGAGGGAGGUGGGCGAGUUGCAGCAGAGCCUGGCGGCAGCACAGCAGAGGGAGGCAGCCCUAGAGAGGGACCUAAGUACCAUGUGGGUGCUGGUGGCCGAGCUCCGCCACAUGGGGGGUGGCAGUCGCUCCUCGUCUGUCAAGGACAGUGAGGGCAGUGGCAGGGAGGGGGGUGGGGGGACGGCAGGGCGAGGGGGGUUGCUGGAUGCGGAGGAGAUGGCGGAGCUGGCGGGCAGCAUUGGGGGCAGCGGGCGGUGGCUGGGGGAGCUGCGGAAAGGGGAGAGCGUGCGCAGCGAGGGGGUGGUUAGUGAGGGGGGCAGUGAGGGCGGGGUGAGCCUGUCGGAGCGGGCAAUGGAGCUGAUCAGGGCGGGGUCGGCAGGCGGGUUGGGGGUGCGUGGAGGGGAGGGGGCGAGUGGGGAGGUGGAGGUGCGAGUGCAGGUGGCGGUGGAGCGAGAGACGUGUGUGCUUAAAGAGGAACUCGCCCGUAGAAAGGGCGAGCAGCUGGCGGGGUUGACGCUGAGGGAGCUGAUGGCUCUGGAGGCGGACAUGGAGACAGCUCUCACCAAACUCGAGGUCGCUAAGGUGCUCUCCCGCUCCCCUCUCCCUCCCUGCUCCUCCCUUCCUGUUCCGGUCUCCCCUCUUUUCCCAUCCUGCUACUUUCAUCCUGCUCCUUUUAACCCGGUCCACUAG